ACUGCGUGCCAAGUCAUGGGAGGAGUAAACUAAUCAAGAUCACCUUUUGUUAAUCGCAGGAGGGAAAGCGGGGAGAGGAUGACGAUGAUGGUACCGGUGCAGCGGACGGGCAACACGGAUCUGCCACCGGACGAUGGCUACACAUGGCGCAAGUACGGCCAGAAGGAUAUCCUUGGCUCCAGAUAUCCAAGGAGCUACUACAGGUGCACCCACAAGAACUACUACGGUUGCGAGGCCAAGAAGAAGGUGCAGCGCCUGGACGACGACCCAUUCAUGUACGAGGUCACCUACUGCGGCAACCACACCUGCCUCACCUCCACGAUGCCGCUCCUCACCCUCCCAGCCCCCACCACCACUGCCGUCUCCAGCGCCGCCGCCAGCAUGCUAACCAAUUCCCCGACCAGCUCAUCGGCGGCAGCGAUCCUCGCCGGCCAGGACCUCGUCAUGGCGCCCGCUGCUGAGCAUCCUACGCCGGCGCUAUCCACGGCCAUCCAGCUCGGCAUCAGCUGGAUGCCGUCGACACUCAUUAGCCCCAGCGCCGGCGAGGGGAGCAGCAGCGCGCAGAUGGACGUGCCGGCCGCCUCAGGGACUAGGGACACGGAGUUCCCGGUGAUGGACCUCGCCGACGCCAUGUUCAACUCCGGCAGCAGCGGAGGGAGCAGCAUGGACGGCAUCUUCCCUGCUCAUCAUCACGAUCAACGUGAUAGCUAGAUGCAUAUAUGGAUCACUAUAUAUGCAUCCGAGGAUCCAUCUCCCCUGGGAUUAAUCUUAUUCGAGUUUUGUUAUAGUGAAGUAUCAUGAACACCAUGCUCAUUGAUGACCGUUAACUUCCCCGUACAACAACCAUGUAGGUGUAGCCAUGGCACGCGUAUAUAGGUUCGAGUUUAUUCUUCGAUCUUUAGCCACUCAAAUUAUUAGGUUAGUCCGCGGUUAAGCCGUGCUAAUAAAGGUGCUCACAGGUAUUGAGGUUACAAAGACUGAGAUGAGUGUAUAGGACAUAAUCGAGUCGGUCCCCUCUUGUACAUUAAACCAGCAUUUGUAUUUGUGUAACUCUUUGUUUCAAAUUUCGCAGUAGCCAGAGAUUUUGUAAAAUGGAGAUUCAUGUGUCUGUCUCCCAUCUUUAACGCAGUGUGACAGUUUCUGCA